AUGCUUUUUAAAUGUAUCGAAUUAAUUAAAAUAAAUCCUGCCCUGAUACUCAUGUUAAAUCAAUUUGCUUCAUGUUGCUGUUGGUUGUCUGAUAACCAAAACAGCCACUUCAUAAUUAUAUCUUUCACUUUAGGUGAUUUAAGAAUAGAGAAAGCAGUGACGGAAAUUUGGUAUUCAGUACUACUCAGUCAGGAAACAUAUGAAUGUCUUCGUACAUCACUCGAAGAGCUCACCAGCUUCACCACUGCGCAAAACCUGCAGUCGAAAACAGCUGGUUUGAUAAGCGUGGACGAAAUGCAAUUCAAACAACUUCAAGACGUGUGGAAAACAUGGCUCGGUUUGCGGGUACAAGGAACAAAGUGGAUUCAAAAGCAACGAGAAAAAACAAUCAAUUCAAAUAUGGAGAAUGUCGCAAGAAACUCUGGAUACAUUAACAAUGUACCAGCCGAACACGCAAUCGCAGUAAAGAAAUGGAUAGACGACGGCGUUUUUAAACGAACGCAAGCGCCAAUGAUUGCCGAGAAUCCGACAUUGACUGGUGUUGAUAUGGCUGCAAGAUACGCCCCGUAUUCAUAUAGUGUUCUUCCAGAACUCUUUCCCUUCUCCGGCUGGGACUAUCUGCAGGUGAAGAAAUUCAAGAGUUCUAAUUGCCUCGUCACGAUGUAUGGCGACUACAUUGAAUGCAUUUUACGAAAGUUCAUGAAUAUCUUGUCCAAGCAACAAGUCAGUUUCCAGAUCGUACUGUGUGAUUGCAUGGACAUCCAGCAACAUCCUGAAGUCAACACAGUGUAUGACCGCAUCCUAACAUCAAACCUGAUAGACUAUGUAUUUCUACCAAACUUGCUGAAGCUGUGUUCCCAGAUCUUAAACCAUGACAACAACUAUGCAACUAUCAUUACCGAAACCAUGGUGUGGGCACGAGAUAUCAUACCCGAAGGAGACAUCUUAUUUGCUUUCAACAGAUUGCAAGUACCAAAGUUAGCAAAAAUUGCUUUCGAAGAUACAAAGCGGUCUUCAUUUGCCAACGACGGUGGUACAAGUGUCAUGGAAUAUCUAGAUAACUCUUGUGAAUUCUUCAGUUACAUUCGGGCUAUGUUUUCUGCCUAUCGUUUGAAGAAAGCAAGGGAAAGUGGAUCUACCAAUCAAAAACCUACGAUCCCUGUUAUCAAAGAAGUGGGAAAUGAAUUUCAGUUGCAUCUUCGUGAUGGCAUUCGAAACGAAAACAGGAUCGUAUUCUUCAGGCCGGCAAUAAACAGGCGACGAGUGACCAUUGUUACAGGCAACGAGCGCUAUUUGGAGUGGGUACCACUGCAAAAAAAGUAA